UUUUUUAUCGAAUUACUGCUUUCAAUGUCACUUGUCAAGUCCAGUUGUUUAAACUAGUGAUACAGAAAUUCUUAAUUGCGUCACCAAUCCAAUUUUCAGUACGGAAUUUAGGAAUUUCAUUAAUUAAAUUUGUGUAAAUAGUAAUGCGGCUUAUUUGAAUUAACAAAAUGUCGUCGUCAGCGAUUUACAUAUUGGACGUUAAAGGUAAAGUUCUCAUAUCGAGAAAUUACCGAGGCGAUGUAGAUAUGGGUGUUAUCGACAAGUUCAUGCCGCUUCUAAUGGAGAAGGAGGAAGAAGGGAUGUUAACACCAUUGCUGCAAACAAGCGAAUGUACUUUCGCUUAUAUUAAGACUAAUAAUCUUUACAUUGUAUCAACAACAAAGAAGAAUGCCAACAUUGCCCUUGUGUUUGUAUUUCUUUACAAAAUAGUAGAGGUUAUGACUGAGUACUUCAAAGAAUUAGAAGAAGAGAGUAUUAGAGAUAAUUUUGUUGUUAUCUAUGAGUUGAUGGAUGAGUUACUUGAUUUUGGUUACCCACAGACCACUGAUAGCAAGAUACUACAAGAAUAUAUAACCCAGGAGGGUCACAAACUUGAAAUGCAACCACGAAUACCAAUGGCAGUAACCAAUGCUGUUUCGUGGAGGUCGGAAGGCAUUAAAUACAGGAAAAACGAAGUAUUCCUAGAUGUGAUAGAGUCAGUUAAUCUAUUAGCUAACUCCAAUGGAAAUGUUUUGAGAAGUGAGAUUGUAGGGGCAAUCAAAAUGAGGGUCUACUUAUCAGGGAUGCCUGAACUAAGAUUAGGAUUAAAUGAUAAAGUGCUUUUCGAGAGCACAGGCAGAGGGAAAUCUAAGUCUGUAGAAUUGGAAGAUGUAAAAUUUCAUCAAUGUGUUAGAUUGUCGAGAUUUGAAAAUGACAGAACUAUAUCUUUUAUCCCACCAGAUGGUGAAUUCGAACUCAUGUCAUAUAGAUUAAACACUCAUGUUAAGCCUCUGAUUUGGAUUGAAUCAGUUAUUGAACGACAUGCCCACUCCCGGGUUGAAUACAUGAUCAAAGCUAAAUCACAAUUCAAGAGACGUUCAACUGCUAAUAAUGUUGAGAUAAUCAUACCAGUACCAGCCGAUGCUGAUUCUCCUAAAUUUAAAACCACAAUUGGCAGUGUGAAAUAUACACCUGAACAGAAUGCCAUAACCUGGUCUAUAAAAUCUUUCCCUGGCGGCAAAGAGUACUUGAUGCGGGCUCACUUUGGUUUGCCUUCGGUGGAGUGCGAGGAUACAGAUGGGAAACCACCUAUUCAAGUCAAAUUUGAGAUUCCAUACUUCACCACUUCCGGGAUACAAGUUAGAUAUCUUAAAAUCAUUGAAAAAAGUGGCUAUCAAGCUCUGCCAUGGGUCAGAUAUAUCACUCAGAACGGAGACUAUCAAUUAAGGACUAAUUAAAUCACAGCCAUUUCUUUGUUACAUUCCUUUAACAUAUAAGUUGCACUAGUAUGUAAUCGUAAUUAUUAUAUAUAUUCAAUUUUAAUGUAGUUGUAUUUUUGAAGUAUUAUUGUUAAGGUUGUUUGACACUAAUAAAGUCUUACUAUUUA